GGGAUGUUUGUAGGUUUUCGUCGUCGAUGGUGUUCCUUAUGGUUGAGAGAUCAAUUCGCAGUCGGGAUGUUGACUACGCAAGUCAGCGAGUCGUGCAAUGCACAAGUGCGACUUUUAUUGAAAAUGAUUUGGACUUGUUUUUCAUUCACUUUAGCAGUUUGUUGGCUGAAAAAAGACGCAAGGAGACUGAGUCAGACUACAAUGGGAAACAAUCGGUUCCUUAUAUUAUGAUGGAGGAUAGCCCGUUCCUACAACAUGCGGCAAAGGUCUUUACUCCUAACAUCUUCAAUCGGAUACAAAAUCAGUAUUUGAAAACUGAACCCUAUCUAAAGGUCUUUACUCCUUGUGCACGU